AGUCGCCCUAGCACCUUUCUAAUAAUUAUUUAGCAUCAAUUUGGUUGUUUGGGUCAAAAUAUUAGUUAAACACAUCAAUUUGAUUUUGGUGACGGGUGAAAAUGGGCUAUAAUUGAGUCAGUAAUCAACAAAUUAGCAUCUUUUUUUCUUUUUUAUUUAAACUCAUUGUUGCAAAGCGUAUGUAUGCACCAUAUUGCUGUAAAUUUUAAUUAUUUGUUUUUCCUUCUUCAAUUCUUUUCAAGUUGAAGACUGUUAUCCUAUGUUUAAGCGAUGUUCUACACUUUUACUUGCAACAACAUUAUUUGCAGAGAAUGUCAUAUAGUGUGGCCAGCUUGAGUGCUAUUCUUCGAAACUGCAUUCCUCGUACUGUAUCCACUCACGCUAAACAAACCCAUGUGCAAAUACUCAUUCACGGAUUGAGUCACGAUGUCACGCUUCAAACAGAUCUUUUACUAGCUUAUUCUAGAGGCAUUCUAUUGAAUGCCCGCCAGGUGUUCGACAGAAUGCCUGAACGAAACAUGCACUCUUGGAACAUUAUGAUUUCAGCCUACGUUCAGAACUCUAUGUACCAUGAUGCUCUUAGUGUCUUUCAUGAGUUUUUGGACUCGGGUAUGAAGCCGGACCACUACUCGUUGCCUCCGUUACUUAAGGCGUGUGCAGGAAUUGGUGAUGUUUUGCUUGGUGUAAUGUUGCAUGGUAUGGUAGUUAAACUUGGUUUUGAAAAUCAUGUUGUGGUAGGAAGCUCGGUUCUGGAUUUUUAUUCGAAGUGUGGGAGCUUAAACGAUGCAAGAGUGGUUUUCGAGGGGUUGUUAUGGAAAGAUUCGGUUGUGUGGAAUUCGAUGAUUUCCGGGCUUGCUAAGGGUGGUUUGCAUAUGGAGGCUUUGAGUUGUUUUAGAAACAUGCUUGGAAGCAAAACGAAGAUUGACGCGAUGACAGUCCCGACGCUUUUAAGUGUUUGUGGGAAGCUAGGAGAUAUUACAAAAGGGAAAGAAAUACACGGGCAAGUAUUAAAGAACACUGUGUGGUAUAACGAUAUCGCUAUCUGUAACUCGCUUAUCGACUUGUAUUCAAAGUGUGGGUGCUUGCGUGAUGCCGAAAAGAUCUUUUGUAGCAUGAAAAAUCUCAACUUGGUGACAUGGACAACGAUGAUAUCCUGCUACGGAGUCCAUGGUAAGGGUGAUAAAGCGUUAAAUUUGUUCGAAAAAAUGAAAGACUCGGGAUUCAAACCGAACAGUGUCACACUCACUGCAAUCCUAGCUAGUUGUAGCCACUCGGGCUUUGUAAACCAAGGCCAAAACAUUUUCAACUCAAUAAGAUCAUCGUACGGCUUUGAACCUAGUGUGGAGCAUUACGCUUGUUUGGUGGAUCUCUUAAGUCGUUUGGGAUGCUUUGAAGACGCGUUAAGGUUGAUAAACAGUAUGAAAAGGGUUAAAAUGGUCCCGUCGGCUAGCAUAUGGGGUGCGCUUCUUGCUGGUUCUUUGGUGCAUAGAAAUGUUGAGACUGGUGAGAUGGCAGCCCGUCAUCUCUUUGAAAUAGAACCUAAAAACGCUAGUAAUUAUAUUGCUUUGUGUAGCAUAUAUGAUUCUCGAGGCAUGUGGAAGGAUGCUUCUCGGGUUAGAUUGAAAAUUAGAAGAUUGAGGUUGGAUAAAACUCCGGGUUGUAGUUGGAUUUCGAUCGGUGGAGAAAUUCACACUUUUUAUCAAGGAAACUUGAGUUUUUCUUUUGAUCGAAAGACUCGUGAAAUGCUUGAAGGGGUUAUCAGAAUUCCCCUUUUGGUUCAUUCAGAAUUACAAUUAUCUUUGUUAUUCUAAAUUAAUCAGAUCAUAUCAUUUAUAAUUGAAAAUUUGUUCGUGUGACCUCAUAAGUCAAACUAAACUGCAAGAUCUUAAUCCGUUCGCAUGGCCUUUCAUGUCUUAGCUGAGCCGUCUGGAUUUGAGAGCUUUUGCAAAGGUAUAACAUGGUGCCUUAAAUAUGUGCGAAAACAUAAACUGUGGGAUUCGGUGGCUGUCAUUGUGUUGUUUGUUACCAUGUACCAAAAAAACAGAAGAAAAUAUGUACAAUCCUUAAAGGCUUAUUUGACACUUGUGACAGUCACUAACAGGUAAUUGCUGACAAUCUACGCGUGAACGUUGUAAGGGUAUUAUGGUCAUUUUACAUACAACCUAUUCUAAGGUUGGUGUGGGAAGGGGUUGGUUAAAACUUUAUUAAGUUCUAAACAUUUGUAAAAAGAUCAUUACUUUAGCUAACUCCUUCGAGUUGUGUUAAUGAAUCAUUUGUACAUCAAUCUUAAGUCUUAAUUUAGGGGUGUAAACGAGCCCGAGCUCGGCUCGAGCUCGGCUCCUGAUGGUGUUGGAUACACCGCGUUUUCUACUCCUCAAGGGCAAUAUGAAUGGCUUGUAAUGCCUUUUGGAUUAAA